AUUAGAUAUCAAACUAGUGUACUAUUGGGACAUUAGACGUGGUUUGUUUGAAGUGUAUAUUCGCUGCUAUUUUCUAGGAUAUUGAAGUAUAAUCGUGUAAAAACAAACGCCUAUAUUCUGUACUACGGACCACAACUAAUUUCCACAGGGCUACUAUAAAUAGCCACUAUCUUACGCUGCACCUUCGAUGAUGUUUACUCAUAAUACCGGACAUAAGUGAAAUUAUUAUUAAGAAAUAUCGUAGAUCGGUUUUGAUUCUAUAAAUAAACCAUUUCACAGUAUAGGAAAGAGUAAAACAACAAGCUUUUUGUAAACUAAAGUCCAUCAGAGCUGUAUUAUAAGCAUAUUAUAUAUGGAAAUGAAUAAUGAUAAUAUCGAAGAAGAACAACCAACUCCAGAAACCGUGUCAAGAUUAGUUAACCAGUUUCAAGAUAUGGGAAGUACUCCCAGUACACCACGAAACACUUCUCCUUCCAGGGCCAGUGUAGAUACACAGGAUACAAUGCAGUCGUCAUCUCAAACUACUACCUCCUCUAAACCACCACCACCACCUAAUUCACAGAACAGUCAGGGAGCUAAAGAUUUGAUGAUCAGCUAUAGUCAUGCUGACUCAGAAUUCAUGAAAAAAUUAAGAGAGAAAUUAGAAGCCAGUGGGAUAUCAGUAUGGGUAGAUGUAUCAGGGCUACAAGCUGGAGUGGAUUUUCUUAAUAAAAUAGGACAAGCUAUUAUUGAUGCCAAAUUAUUUAUUUCCAUAUUAAGUUCAUCAUCUAUUAACUCUAAAUAUUGUAAAGAUGAACUAGCUCUAGCUUAUAUAUCCAGUUCAGCUAUAUUUCCUAUUACUUUAGAACCUAGAAAGAAUUUUUACCAUUUAAUGGAUACUGGCAUGAAGUUACAACUAGCUAGCUAUAAAUGGGUAGAUUUUCAUGAAGAAGAUAAAAUAGAAGAAAGUUUUAAAGAGCUGAUUGAUAUGUUACAUACUGAAUUACAUCAGAGACAAGAGGAAGAGGAGAAGGAGAAAAACCAACAAGAAAGGGACUAUGAGAAAAAGAGGAAACGUUUUCAACGUGCAAACUCUAGAGCCAAUAUAUACAGAAAGUCUAUGAGUAAUACAAUUGAAGAUGAAAAAGAAAUACUGCCAUCACAGUUCUGGCAAGACAGAUUUACUGGACAGAAAAUAGAGUGGUCAAAGUUUGUAGAUGCUGUAGUAAAGGCCUUCCAGUCGAAUAUGGACUAUGUGUUCUCUAGUAGUGAAGAUCAGAAAUGGUUGAUGGGUGUUUUACAUCGUGAAAUGGAGGUUGAUUCUGAUGAUUUUUUACAUUAUGACAAAUUUGAAGGAUUUUGUACAGUAGAUGAUGAAAUACAAUCAGUAUGGAAAAGAAUAGAAGAUCAAGCUAGAGAAAAUUAUGCUAUGAAAGAAGUCUUUGAUAUGGAUUCGUCUGUCAGAGUGGAAGCAAUUGAAAAUCUUGCAAAAUUCCGAAGUGCUGCUGUUAUAGAAGCUUUACGUGAUUUAUUAUCAGACGCUGAUGCUAAUGUAAGGGCGGUAGCAGCUAUAUCACUAGCUAGAACAGAAGCUAAUGAUACACAAACUGUCAACAGAUUACUACGAAUAUUAAUUGAUAAAGAUAGAUUAGUGAGAGAAGCAGGAUGUCUAGCUCUAGGUCAUCUUCAUUCUAAACAAGCUGUUUCCAAAUUAUUACAUAUGUGGAGAAAUGAUGUAAUAUCUCAUGUACGAGAAGCAGCUGCUGUAGCUUUACAACAGAUAGGUGGUGAAGAAGUAGAACAAGCUAUGCAUGUGACCAAAGUAUUAGCAGAUGAAAUUAGGCAGUUGACUGAAGACUCUUAAAAUAAAAUAGUGAUCUUUCUUCAAUGUAACUAUUAUGAUAGUAUUAGCUGAUAAAAUUCGGCAGUUAAAGAAGGAUUCCUAGAGUAGUAUUAGUGAUCUUUCUUCAAAGUAACUAUGAUGAUAGCCGCUGAAAUUUGCAGUUGACUGAAGAAUCUUAAAAUCCUUACCUAAGUUACCUCUGUUUCUGAUUUUAAAAAUUGUGACAAAAGUUUUGACGUAUAUUAUAUAUUGGCCAUUUAUAUAUUAAAGAGGAUCUGAUUCAAUAACUUUAUCAAAGGAGUACAAUUCUGUUAUUUGAUAUGACUUUAGAUGAAGUAAGUAUCAUUACAUUUGAAAGUAGUAGUUUAUAUAUAGUGCAGUGAUAAAAGUGCAUUUCUGAAGGAAUAUUUUUUGAUUUAUGUUAACUGUGAAUUUUAGAAAGUUUACUUGAAACUUUUCAACAUUAACUUAAACCAAAUGUCAAAUAGACUCUAAAUUUGUUUAUUGAUGUAAUGAAAAGGGGAAAUUUAAUCAACUUGCUCUCUUGAACUUUAUGCUGUUUGCCAAAUUAAAUGCCAAGAUUUUUUUCCCCAUGACAUUUGAUAUGAAGAAACAUUGUUAUUUAUUGCAAGAUUAGUGUUCUAAUAUAUAUAUUUUUUCCAAUCAAAAUGAGCAAACAAUGUGCAGGUCCUAUAAAACCCAUUCUCCAUCACUGUAACAUUAUAAUUCUAUCAUAAAUUAAGAUGCUCAAAUCAGAUAUUUACAUGACUAAUUGUAUUUAUAUUUUGAUAUUUUGUUUAUUUAAUGACUAUAUUAAUCUAUGUUGUAUAAAAUUAUUUUAUUUGUUGUGUU